CCCCGACUGAUGGAGUACGUUCCUGGUUCGGGACUAAAGCUUAGGAAACUUGGCGUCGCUGAAGCACAGCACAUGCUUGGUUUAACGUAUCAAACUGGUGGGGUUGUGAGACGAAAUUACAAACAGGCUUGUGAGUGGUACAUUAAAGCACUUCGAAAUGGUAACGGAUUUUCUGCAAACAACUUAGGUCUCCUUUUCUCCCAAGGAGAGGCCCUUCCAGAUAUUCCCGUCGAUUUCGAGCGAGCCAUCGGAUAUUUCAAAGUAGGAUCUUUGCUAGGUUUGGUUCGUGCGAUGGAGAGCCUUACCUUGCAUUAUUUUUAUUUUGGAUCACGUACCUUGGCGACAGUGUGGUAUACGUAUUGUCUAAAAUAUAACACCAUGAACAUAACUCUGCGUGAGCUUUUUUCGGGAAUAAAUGUGCUGAAGGGGUUUUCAGUCGAACAGUUUGAACACGAAUUAGACCAAGAGUUGCAAAAUUCCGCAAUGAGGGAAUUCGUGAUGGUCAAAGAUUAUGACACUGAUCCGAAUGGUAUCGAGAGGAAGAGAGAGCUCAGGUGCAAAAUUCUAGGCUUAUCGUACAAAUCAGGGGGACUAGCUCCUAUUUCGAAGUCGGAUAUCAUUAUCGAACAUCGAACGAGUGUAAAACAAGCAAAGGAACAAAUACCGAAAAUAACUCUGUCUAUAACAACUAAUCCAGCAAAAUUGUUUCCGGUGGCUUCCCCAAAUCUCAUUGGUCUUAAACCAAUAGCUUUCAAAGAUAUGGACAAAUCUGAUAAGGAUAAGAUAUAUGAAGGAUUUGCUAUUAAAGUGAAAGUUGUUGAAGACGCAAUUAUAGGAUUUAUGACUUCAAUUCAUUUGAUAGUUGAGGACGAAAAUGGUGACCUUGAACGUGUAUAUAUCUACAAUUAUCCUCAUGUUGACGCUUCUCAUGAUGAAAUUGGGUAUGGGUGCGCUUUCACUAUUGUGAAUCCAUACCACAGAUUAAUGACCGAUGGCAAAUGGGCGAUUCGUCUGGACGACCCUAAUUUACUGAUCAAACAUCCUCAAAUUCGUGAUGUCGACAGGUGCCGCUAUUGUGGCAAGGGUAAAAGUGAGCUAAAAUGCAGACUUUGCAAAAGAGUUAGCUAUUGUUCAAAGCUAUGUCAAACAAAGGACCUCAAAGAAUUGCAGCAUGAUCUGAUAUGUUUCAAAAAGAUAUAAAAGCAUUACUUAAUGUGAUCGUCCAUUACCUAAAUAUACUGCUUUUAUGAGUGAUCUGCUGAAUAAGGAGAGACUUUUUAUAUACAAAAUUAAUAAAAAUAAUUUUUAU